AUGUCCAACGCCGCCCUCAAUUUCGUCACCUUCAACCAGGACCACAGCUGCCUAGCUGUUGGCACCUCGAGAGGCUUUCGCAUCUACCACACCGAUCCUUUCUCCAAGAUCUUCAGUAGCGAUGACGGCAACAUUGCUAUCAUCGAGAUGCUCUUCUCCACCUCCCUUGUCGCCCUCAUCCUGUCGCCCCGUCACCUCAUAAUACAAAACACAAAACGGGCCUCGGUCAUAUGCGAGCUGACAUUCCCUUCUGCCGUGCUCGCCGUCCGCCUCAACCGCAAACGCCUGUCCGUCGUGCUCGAGGACGAGGUCUACCUCUACGACAUCGCCAAUAUGUCGCUCCUCACCAACAUCGCCACCUCGCCCAAUCCCGGUGCCAUCUGCGCCCUGUCGCCCUCGUCCGAACACUGCUAUCUUGCCUAUCCCCUGCCGAAACCUCGGGACGACUCCCUAGACAAGCGGCCAUCGCAUGCGCCGCCGACUUCCCUCUAUGCCCCCGUCACUUCGGGCGACGUGCUCAUAUACGAUACCCUGACCCUCAAGGCCGUCAAUGUCAUCGAGGCCCAUCGUUCGCCACUAUCGUGCAUCGCGCUCAACAACGAAGGGACCCUGCUAGCAACUGCGAGCGAGACGGGCACCAUCAUCCGCGUCUUCUCCGUGCCCAAGGGCCAAAAGCUGUUCCAAUUCCGCCGGGGCACCUACCCUAGCACCAUCUACAGCAUGUCUUUCAAUAUGGCGAGCUCCCUUCUCUGCGUCUCGUCCACAUCGGACACGGUACAUAUAUUCCGUCUUCAGCAGCCAGGACCGAGCGCGAGUAACCCCUCUUCCGAUGCGCAAGGGGCCAGCUCGCCUCGUGGAGGAGCAGACCGUUGGUCUCGUAGCCGCAGCUACGACAGUGGGAACGACUCGCCGAGCAGUGCCCAAGGCUCCCCUCGUAGUGACAUGGCCGAGCUAGCUACCCCGUCAGCAACCAACGCCACAACAAACAGGAGGCAGAGCGGGUCAUUCAGCAGCAUGCUACGUCGGUCAUCGCAAAUCAUGGGCCGGAGCGUGGCUGGGGUGGUGGGCAAUUACCUACCGCAGACGGUAACUGAGAUGUGGGAGCCUUUGCGUGACUUUGCCUAUAUCAAGAUACCCAAGAGCUCUCCCGCAGCGGCACGGCCAGGUGCAUCAAGUGGCGGGCAGCAGCUGCGCAGCGUGGUGGCCAUGAGCAGCAGCAGUCCCCAGGUCAUGGUCGUGACGAGCGACGGAGGAUUUUAUGUCUUCAACAUCGACAUGGAACAGGGCGGUGAGGGCUACCUUGUGAAGCGAUUCUCUGUCCUCGACGGCGAUGAUAAGCUCGAUGCCUCGAGUUACGGGCCUUAG